AUUGUGACCAUGGGAAGGUCUCCUUGCUGUGAGAAAGCUCACACAAACAAAGGUGCAUGGACGAAGGAAGAAGAUGACAGACUCAUAUCUUACAUUCGAGCACACGGGGAGGGCUGCUGGCGCUCCCUCCCCAAAGCCGCCGGCCUCCUCCGCUGCGGCAAGAGCUGCCGCCUCCGGUGGAUCAACUACCUCCGCCCCGACCUCAAACGCGGCAACUUCACCGAAGAAGAGGAUGAACUCAUCAUCAAACUCCACAGCCUCCUCGGCAACAAGUGGUCCCUGAUAGCUGGAAGAUUGCCCGGGAGAACAGACAAUGAAAUAAAGAACUACUGGAACACUCACAUAAGAAGGAAGCUUUUGAACAGAGGAAUCGACCCUGCAACUCACAGGCCUCUUAACGAAGGCGUUUCCGCUGCAACUGUGACUGCCACUAACAUAUCUUUCGGCAAACAAGAGCAACAAGAAACAAGUAGUAGCAACGGAAGCGUGGUUGUUAAAGGUUCAAUCUUGGAACGGUGCCCUGAUUUGAACCUUGAACUUACCAUUAGUCCUCCUCGUCAACCUGAGAAGACCCUUUGCUUUGUAUGCAGUUUGGGUUUGCAGAACAGCAAGGACUGCAGCUGCAGCGUUGCCAACACUCCCACUGUCAACAACACUUCUCCUGCUUCUGCUUCUGCUUAUGAUUUCUUGGGCUUGAAAACCAACGCUGUUUGGGAUUGCACCACCUUGGAAAUGAAAUGAAAACCAUUACAAUUAGUUAGUGCUGGAGAGAAGUGAGAGAAUCAAUUCUUUAAUUUUGAAUUUCCUCUCCUAUUUUCUUUUCUUCUCUUAUUUUGUAUAAAUAAUUAGUUGCUGAUGCAUAAUAUAUAGUACCCGUACAGUUCUUCAUUAUUCCCCACUCUUGCCUUUCUUUUACUGCUUCCUCUUAAUUUAAUUGAAUCUAGUGGUAGUGAUUCAGAGAUCAUGAAUUUCAUUUGAGUCUGCAAUACAAGUCUAUCUUUCCAUUUCCAA